AUGACCCUCGCAACUCCCAGCACGGACGCCCAAGUCCUCAUCGCAGCAGAGACAAGCCCAGAACAAACAUUCCGCACCUUCACAACCGACACAGCCUGGACACUCGGCAAUGCGCUCCGCGAACGAAUCCUCUGUCUCCCCUCAGGCCAACGCAAACCAGCCCUGAUCUCGAUCGCACUGGCAACAGCAACCUCAGGCGGUGUGCCCCUACACGUCCUCUUCCAAAGCGCAACAGAGAGCGGCACCAUCCCCGAUAAUGAGAACUGGGUGCGCCGCAAGCGCAAUACAGUCUUGCGCUGGGGCGUUUCCAGCUGGGCGAUGAGACAGAAGACUAUUGGUGGGUUGGCGGCCAAUGCGUCCGCUGAUCAGAUUGAGGCUGCAUUUGUUAAGAAGUAUGCAGUUGCUAGCGCUAACGGAGGGGCUGUGGCUGAUGAGUAUGCUAUUCAUGGUGGUGGCUAUCCCAUUCGGGUUCGGGGUGUUGAGGGGGUCGUUGCUGUGGUUGUUGUCAGUGGGCUGAAGCAGGAGGAUGAUCAUCAAGUUGUUGCUGAGACUAUUCGGGAGGUUGUCGCUCAGCAGAAUUAG